CCGCCUCCGCGGUGAGGUUGUCCCGCUCGCUGAUUGGCUACGCGGGGCUGUUGAUCACUACCUUGGCCUGGGGCUCGGCAGCAGGGUGCGUUGCGCCGGAGGCAGGCAAGCGGGUGGAAGGAAGGAAGGCAGGCAAGGGAAACCUAACGGAGGAGGCUGCGUCCAAAGGAAGCAAACUAGAAAGCAAGCAAACUGAGCCUUUGCCAUUCACCUGACAAUAGGCAGGCCCUAGGGGGCCGAUGGACGGUCAUGUCGGCCACUAACAACGUCGCCCAGGCCCGGAAGCUGGUGGAGCAGUUGCGGAUUGAGGCCGGGAUUGAGCGCAUAAAGGUCUCCAAGGCCUCCUCAGAGCUGAUGAGCUUCUGUGAGCAGCAGUCUCGUUCCGACCCACUCCUGGUGGGCCUCCCGGCCUCUGAGAACCCCUUCAAGGACAAGAAGCCCUGCAACAUCCUAUAGCAGCCCUGCUUUUACUUCCUCUUCCAGGAAUGGGGGGGAUGCAGGCUUUGUGCCCCCCCCCCCCGCACCCUUUUGCAUUUCCUCUUCCUGCCCUUUGCCCUUGAGAAUGGAAGCCAAGGGGAGGGGCUGUUCUAGUUUCCUUGCAGCCCCCCUUUCUAAGGCCCUCCCCUUUGUAGCUAAGCCCAGUCCAUUUUGAAUAUUCCCACGCCUGAGUGGGGUCUCCUUCUCUUGGGCCAGAGUUCCACAGGGGGGCCCUGCCCCCUUUCUGAAACCCCACCCCCCAAACAGUGCCAAACUGCUCCUUAAUGGGGAAACACCCCCAAUUGCACCCUGGCCUUCCAUUCGGAAUACUGUAUUUUACCUUUUGAUGAACGAAUGAAUGUGAGCUUGAAUUCUUACCAUUUCUUUUAAAAUACAUACAUACACACACACACACACACACACACACACACACACACAUAUAUAUAUAUACUUUCCCCUUCAGUGUGCCAUAAAUAAGUGUUUUAAACUAUUUGUGAAAUCGCUGUUUUAAAGGAUCAGAUGAUGGAUCAAUAAAACCCAUCAAUAAAAGGCGUUGCUUUUGUCCUUUA